AAACCCAUCUGUCAAUUUCGUAUUGUUUUGUCUAAAUUUUAAAAAGUUUGUUGUCACUUGCAACGCUGAGCGAAGAGAAAAUCAGUAUGGAACCAACUAUACUACACAACCUGCAAAAGGUUGAGGAGUUCAAAUCCUUCGAUCUGAGGUAUUUCCUGAUUAUCUACGCCAUCGUUGUCCUGAUGGUCCUGGGUGUUCCUCUGGCGUUCCUACUGCAAAACAAGGGAUCGCCCUUCGAAAGAAAUCGUUUUCGACUGGAGGCCAACCGUCCGGUGGAGGACACACCGAGGGGAGGAGAAGCCCGGCGACGAAUCCGGGAUUCGAGUGCCUAAUAAGCUUUUAAUAUUGAUGUUGAUAUUCAUGGAAAUACAUUGAAUGCGAUGCAGCA